UCGAGUCCGUGAGCCGGAGAAAGAAGAAGAAGACAGCAGCAUUAAGAGCUAUUCAUCUUUUUCAGAAAACUCCAACGGAGAAUAUAUCGAAAGAGAAAACGAAGGAAUUGUAGCUGGAGAUGAUGGUACAUUAGAAGUAGUAGAAAAAGAUAAUGAUGAGAAAUUCAAAUCAAUGAUAGAAAAGUUAAUCGAAGAAGCACUCUUAUUGGAAAACAUAGACGGAGAAGUUGUACAAGAAGCGAAAUCUGAAGCAGUAAUUUCAGAGCCGGAAAAGAAAGAAAUCAAGAACGAAUAUAUGACAGAUGUUGAGCAUCCUACGGAAUCGAUUAAACAGCAAAACGAAUCAAUUCUGCCAGAUUGCUUGCUACUAAUGAUGUACGAACCCAAACUAGCAAUGGAAGUUUCCAAAGAAAAAUGGGUUUGCAGCAGUAACACCGAGAAGAAAAAGGAAAUUUUCCUCUCAGAAGAAUCUAACAAGAGCCAGCACCUCCCACCUCAACCGCCACGGUCAUCGUGUCCUUUUCCAGACACAAUGUCCAUGGCCACGAUGAUAGAGCAGAAGCUAGGAACCUCAGUGGCUUAUGAGCCGUUUGUGUUGACGAGGUGCAAGUCGGAGCCUAUGAGGAUGGCGGCUACGGCUACAACGGCGGCUAAGCUUGUGCCGGAGAGUUGUUUCUGGAAGAAUAGAAAGAUUGAGCCACAUAGACGAGCUACAUUUGGAUUCCGGGCCGCUGGAGUCGGGUUUUGA